UAAACUAUGCUGUCGUACUGUUGUUGGGUGUUGUGUCGUUGAUGGCUGGUUCAGCCACUGGUGUACCGAUGUCUCCUGGGUAUGGCGGAUACCAAAGCACUACACUGCCGCCUCACUAAACAACUUACGACACAACCAGUUGCUACACCGAUGCUCCCAAGUACUUCACCACCAUGCUGCCCCGAGCUACUACACAAAAUCCCCGCAAUUUUAUUCUUCCCCGAGCUACAGUACUGAAGGGUAGAGUACUACACCGAGGCUCCUCAACACUACACCACCAAGGCACAGGAGUUCUACACCACUACAUAUCAUGGUCGUAUGAAAGGAGAGAAAAGAUGAAAGAUUUCAGCAGCCGAUUGAGCAUCUCCGUUACGGCAACAGGAACUGCCGUGCACUAUUUGUCAUCAACUUCAUUCUUCGUCGGAUUAAAAGUUUUAAAUAAAGUAAACUAUGGCGUCGUGCUGCUGUUGUUGGGUGUUGUAUCGUUGAUGGCUAGGUCUACCAAUAGUGUACCGAUGUCUCCUGGGUAUGGCGGGUACCAAAGCACAACACUGCCGUGCCGUCUUACUAUUAAGGAUCAACUUCCGCUGCUCCAGCUUACUACACUGAGGCUCUCAAGUGCUACUCCAUCAAGGCUCCAGAUUAUUACACCACAGCUCAUGUUGCCUCAAGCUACUACGCUGAAUGCCCGAAGUAUUUGUCUUCCCCGAGCUACACUACCAAAGGGUCGAGAACUACGUCUAGGCUCACAAGUACUACAUCACCAAGGCACCGGAGUACAAAAACGGUCGAAUACUACACAGAAGUGAUCAUGG